CGUCCGGUUCGCGCACAUCGUUUCUGUCUCGGCCGCACCGCAAGAACACAGAAUAAAUAAGAGACCUACUGGGACUUGGGACUGCCACUAUCCACCCGACACAGUGCUCUCGAGUUAAAGUGCAGCGCGAGUGAACCACAGUGAACACUACUAGUCUUCAACUAAGCAUAAAAACAGUAAAAUGCACCGUAUAUAGGAAUUCCGUAGAACGAGUAGAUCCAAAGUAGUAGCCAAGAGAUAAGCCAAGUGUAAAACCAAGCGGAGGACAUGGCUACCAACACGGAACUGCUGCCAUUCCACCACCAGACAAUGGCGGUGUUGAACAAUCUGAAUAGCCACUGUGGCGGAUCCGGCAGCAAUGGAGCGGCCACCAGUGGCGGAGCAGCGGCAGCGGUUGGCGGACCAGGUGGAGCGCCCACCUGGGCCAUGGAUGAACUCUAUCAACAGACUGAGCUGCCCGGACUAACGCGAACCGGGGCCACCACCACGCAUCACCACCUGCUGCGCUUCACGCCCUACGCCCUGCAUCACCGACCGCCACACCACCAGCUUCAGACCCUGCCGCCGGCCUUGUAUUUGCAACAUGCCGCAGCAGCGGCUGCGGCGGCAGCAGCGGCAGCGGCCCACGCACAGCAUCACCAUCAUCAUCACCACCACCUACCGCACAGGCCCGCUUCGCCGGAGAGUCCGCCACCAGUGGAGGGCACCCAUAUCAGCAAUCUGUUCCCGGAACUCCUCGAGCAGAUCUUCGAGCACCUUCCAGUGCGGGAUUUGGGCCGGGCGGCACAGGUUUGUACUGCCUGGCGGGAUGCGGCGUAUGCCAAGAGCGUUUGGAAGGGCGUCGAGGCCAAGUUGCACCUGAAACGCUCCAGUCCGAGUCUAUUCAACUGCCUGGUCAAAAGGGGCAUCAAGAAGGUGCAGAUCCUCUCGCUGCGCCGCUCGCUCAAGGAUUUGGUCCUGGGCGUGCCGGCUCUGACCUCGCUGAACCUGAGCGGAUGCUUCAACGUGGCCGACAUGAAUCUGGGCCAUGCCUUCAGCGUGGAUCUGCCAAACCUAAAGACCCUGGACCUCUCCCUCUGCAAACAGAUCACUGACACAAGUCUGGGACGGAUUGCCCAGCACCUAAGGAAUCUGGAGACCCUGGAACUGGGCGGCUGUUGUAACAUCACCAACACUGGACUCCUGCUAAUAGCGUGGGGCCUGAAGAAGCUGAAGCACCUGAAUCUGCGAUCCUGCUGGCACAUCAGUGACCAGGGCAUUGGUCACCUGGCGGGUUUCUCACGCGAAACGGCCGAGGGCAAUCUGCAACUGGAGUAUCUGGGUCUGCAGGACUGCCAGCGGCUGAGUGACGAGGCCCUUGGUCACAUUGCCCAGGGUCUGACUUCGUUGAAAUCGAUCAACCUGAGUUUCUGCGUAUCCGUGACGGACAGCGGACUGAAGCACCUGGCCCGGAUGCCAAAGCUGGAGCAACUGAACCUCCGUUCCUGCGACAACAUCUCGGACAUCGGAAUGGCCUACCUCACGGAGGGCGGCAGCGGGAUCAACUCCCUGGACGUUAGUUUCUGCGACAAGAUCAGCGAUCAGGCACUGACGCACAUUGCCCAGGGACUCUACCGACUAAGAUCUCUGUCGCUGAAUCAGUGCCAGAUCACCGAUCACGGAAUGCUUAAGAUCGCCAAGGCGCUCCACGAGUUGGAGAACCUCAAUAUCGGACAGUGCAGCCGGAUUACGGACAAGGGCCUGCAAACGCUGGCCGAGGAUCUGACCAAUCUCAAGACCAUCGAUCUCUACGGCUGCACGCAACUCAGUUCCAAGGGCAUCGACAUCAUCAUGAAGCUGCCCAAGCUGCAGAAGCUCAAUUUGGGCCUCUGGCUGGUCAGGUGAUGCGUCCACCACGAUUGCAACGCCUGUGCGGCGGAGGAGGCCGCUCGCGGCUCUAGUAAUUCCCAACCAUAGAUUUCAAGUGGGAAAGGGAGGGCAGGCUGAGCAGACAAGAUACACUGAGAACUCAUAGCUUUCGUUUGCCAUACCACACGCUGUACUACAUUUUUUUUUCGUACGAUUCGAAAAACGAGCUGAGAGGCACAAAACAACACGGCAAACAAUGCGGCACACACACAAACACACGCAAGAAAAAGCAAGGCGAGCGGGCGGAGUUGGGGAAAUAGAGACAGGGACAGACGGCGACAGGGGGAGAGUGCUGGCAGUUCAGCUUGUACUCAGAUAAAUUCUUUUUUUGUUGGCAAAAAUGUACUAGAGUUUUGUCCCCCAUCCAAGGUUCAGGUCCCAAUUUUAUGGUUUUUUAGAAACAAAAACUUUAAUUAAUGAACCCCCAAAGAUCUUCUUACACGACCUGAAUUUUUUAUUUGAAGCUUUUUUUUUGCUAAGAUGCAGUCAACAUCGAAAUCAUAAACAAUAUUUUCUGUAAUAUGUAUAUAUCGACUUAUACAUAAACAACCGAUCCCAUAAACUGUAAAAUACCUAAACUUACGAAAAGUCAUGAAAAUUCAGCUCGUGUAAAAAGGGCUUUUAUUAUGGUUGGAAAGAGCUUUAAAUAGCUAUAAAAAAUUAUAUUAUUUUGCAGUACAAUAAGUAUGUAUGUCGUUUCAUGCAAAAGAUAUUUCAUCUUUUAAAUACUAGGUUAUAUCUCUUUAGCUAAACUUCAGCUUAAUCUAGCUAUUUUUCUGCAGAAUACCAGACACCACUGUUCAUGGAGCUCGCUCUGCUGCGUUGUGUUGUGUUGUUGUUCCUAGGGGGCAAGAGCGAGAGGGGAGACAGCCGCUGGCGUCGGCUUACACGCACGCAGCGAUAAAAAAAAGAAACAGCAGGCAACAACAACUGCAGCUAUGGCCGACAGCAACAAAGUGCAUGGCGAUGGAGACCCACGAUAAGCAGUGGGAGGGGGGAGAGCAGGAGAGUGGGCAGCAAAUUUACACACACAACACAUGUGUGUGUGUGUGCAAUGCAGGCCGCAGUUAAGCAGAUGCAAAUAAAUUUAAAUAGUUUAUUUUAAUUCACGCUUCGGCUACAAAAGCCAGCGUCCUCCAUUGCCACAGCAACAACAGAAAACAACAACAGCAGCAUAAUAGCGAUACAACAACAAAGCUAAAAAGAGAGGGAGUAUGGGGAAUUAAAACUUGACUCUCCGCUCUUUUUUCUCACUCUCCAUCGCAUUUUUCUUGCUCCCCUUUUGUGUUUGUAUCUUUUUUGUUUUUGUGCCUCGACGUUUUCUUCUCGUCGUUCGUUGCGAAUUUGUUUAGUACAGCGUCGUUAGUUAUGCCGUUUAAUUUAGUUGAUUAAAACGUAAACAAAGGAGUAACGAAAACUUAAGCAAAAACAAUGUUAAUAGUAGACACUUAAUGAAAAUGCGUAAAUUUAAUUCUUAGUUAUUAAACUUUGUCAAGCCACAAUUAGUCAAAUAACGAAAACGAGGGGAGAAUAACCAUUAACACAAGUUAUAAAAACAUAAAAAAAAAAACAAAAAACAAAACAACCUUGUUUAAUAGCAAAAAACUCACCCAAACACUUACACAAACAAACAAACACACACAAACGUUAAAGAAAAUUCUGUAAAUUUUUUAUUGUUUAAUUUAUAAGUAAGCAAGCAAAAAGAGAAGAUAACGAUUGAAAAGAAUUUGCGAAUUAAUUCUUUUUUCUAUUGUGAUAUAAAAUGUAUUGUAUAAAAAAGGAAACAUAAACAAGCAAGCAAAAAUUAAUGCUAAAACAACAAUUACGUAAUUUUAUUUAAGCAGCGAUAAGCGAAAAAGCGAGGAUUAAAUUAAAUAAAUUAAAAAUAAAUAAAUAUGUACAAUGUUAUGUUAAGUCAGGAUUUCUCCUAUUCUCUGUUUUUGGAUUAGUUAAAUGAGCCCGAUUCGAUUUUGUUGAUAUGCAAUAUACUGAAUGCCUUAAUUCCAUUUGCAAACUAUAUUAUUAACUAUGUUGAUUCUGAAAACCCCCUGAGUUUCGAUUGUGAGUUUUCCCUAGAUCUAAGUUUUUCGACGAUUGAUAUUUCUGUUUUAGGAGGCGAAACCCCCCAAAAAAAAUUUGAACGAUGACGUUGGCGACACGGAAGAAGAGAAAAUAAAUUAAACAUGUAUAAAAAUCCAGAAAA